CCUGCGCCGUCCCGAGGGGGUGGGGACCCCGUUAUAUCCGGGUCCCCGGGCCAGCCUCCUUCCUUUUCCACGCCGGCGCUUCCACGCUCAACAUGCCUUUGGCGAAAGAUCUACUACAUCCCUCUCCUGAGGAGGAGAAGAGGAAACACAAGAAGAAACGUUUGGUGCAAAGCCCCAACUCGUACUUCAUGGAUGUCAAAUGCCCUGGUUGCUAUAAAAUCACUACAGUGUUCAGCCACGCACAGACUGUCGUACUAUGUGUCGGAUGCUCCACUGUACUUUGCCAGCCCACUGGUGGAAAGGCCAGGCUAACAGAAGGCUGUUCCUUCAGGAGAAAGCAGCACUAAAAUGAAAGUUGGCAUCUCUGGACAGGUGAGCCUACCUGCACCGCUGAGCAUCAGGAUGCUGGCUAAGGAAUACUGAUUCACUUCCCUGAGAUCUCGAUGGUAGGAGGAAAGAAAUGUAGCGGGAGGUGGGGGGGGAGGGGGGACGGCUGUCAUCGCUGUCCCUUAGCCUUACCCAUCUGAUUGAUGUCAACCUUUUUGGACCUUCUGGUGGUAUUGGGUUAUUUGUUAAGAAUUGUCAAAUAAAAUGUUGUAACAUC